AUGAGGGCCGCGGUCGAAGGAUCCUUGGCCGAGAGGUUUGACGACGGCGAAAAGGAGAAGAAGAAGAAGCGCCGAUCCAAUCGUCGAUCCAAGCAAAACCCAUCAUCUUCAGCAUCUGAAGUGAAUGAGACCCAGGGGAUGUCGCCAGAUUCAGGGAAAAUAGAAACACCUACUCAUGCAUCUGCAUCCUUGGCCAGUUCAUUGAAGCAGGCCAAUGUGUGUUCUCCUAAUGAGCAAGGAUUAUCCAAAGCAUCAAAUGUUGCUUUUACAUCAAUGCCCCCCAUGCAUAUCAAUGGGCAAGUGGAGCCUAGUGAUUUGCGAAUUGUGCCUAUGUAUGGUGGAGGCUUUGAUUCAAAAUCAUUUUCUGAGCCCACUGGUUGUAGAGGGUCAUCGGGAAUUAAUAAAAACAAGGACUCAGUCUCUUGUGGUGAAAUUCUUGGUGGCCAGAAAAGUUAUUUUAGUCCACAUUGGUCUUUCGAGGCAGUUGAGAAGGCAUUGGAGAAGGGCGAUGUUUUUAAUGCUCUUUUUCAUGUUAAUGCUCACAAUCGAGUCGAGGCCUACUGCAAAAUUGAUGGCGUGCCAACUGAUGUGCUCAUUGGUGGGAUACCAGCCCAGAAUAGAGCUGUGGAAGGUGAUAUUGUUGCAGUUAAAGUUGAUCCCUUGCCAUUGUGGACAAAAAUGAAGGGACCAAAUGGGUCUUGUAACAACACUGCAACACUGGAAGGUUGCAACCUUCUUACAGAAGAUAAUGAAGUGGGUGGUAAGGGGAAACAUAAGAUUGACGCAGAUCAUGAGUCUUCCCAUUAUCGAAGCCAUCCUUGUCAAAACAAGGAGGAUGCUGAUCAAAACAUCUCCUAUAGAAAUGAUUCUUUAAUUGGAAAAAGAAUUGUGUGUGAAGAUAAUACCUCCCAGGGUUCUACUAAACAUUUAGAUCUACUGGGAAUGGCCAACCGUGAUAGCAUUAAUGGACAUCACUAUGCUACUCCUGAUUCCUUAAAGAGCAAUUCUUGUAGUGGACAAAGUGAAGCAGUUAAUGCAGUGGAAAAGAUGUGUUUGUUGAUUAAUUCUUUCCCUUCUAAAAGACCAACUGGCAGGGUGGUCUCUAUUAUUGAGAGAUCGCCUCGUCGAGAGGGUCUUGUUGGUCAUCUUAAUGUAAAGCAGUGCGCUUCCUUCAAAGACAUAACCAAAAAGGAUGUUAGGAAGAAUACAAACAUGGUUUCUGAUAAUGAUUACAUCCAGCUGAUACCAACUGAUCCAAAGUUUCCUACUAUGAUGCUUCUUGUUAGAAAGUUACCCAAGUGCAUUAUGGAAAGGCUGAAAAGUGGUGAUAUGACAAUUGAAAUGGAUCUGGUAGCUGCAAAAAUUGAUGAUUGGGUUGAAGAAAAUCCUUUUCCCGAGGCUCACAUCUUGCAUGUAUUUGGACGAAGUGGUGAAAUUCAGACCCAAUUAGGUGCAAUUUUGUUUCAGAAUGGAAUCUGUUUGUCUGAAUUUCCUCCUGAAGCUCUUUCCUCUCUGCCAUGUGUUCCUUGGGAGGUGCCACUGAAGGAAAUUGAAAGUAGAAUAGAUCUAAGAAAUUUGUGCAUAUUUACUAUUGAUCCUUCAACUGCCACUGAUCUGGACGAUGCACUUUCAAUUCAGAAGUUACCUAAUGAAAAUUAUAGAGUAGGUGUCCACAUUGCUGAUGUAUCAUAUUUUGUUUUACCUGGCACAGCCUUAGAUAGUGAGGCUCAGUCUAGGUCAACAAGUGUCUAUAUGUUGCAAAGAAAGUUACCUAUGUUGCCUGCAUUAUUAUCUGAUAAUGUUUGUUCACUUAGUCCUGGAGUGGAUCGACUUGCUGUUUCUAUGCUCCUGGAUAUAAAUCAUGUAGGGGAUGUUGUAGACCGUUGGAUUGGUCGUACUGUUAUACACUCAUGUUGUAAGCUUUCAUAUGAUCAUGCUCAGGACAUCAUUGACAGGGAUUUUGACUUUAAAGGUUUAAACUAUACUGAAGAUGUUUUUCCCAGAGUGUAUGGCAGUUUUGAAUGGCCUGAUAUUAUUAUUUCUCUGAAGAGUCUGUAUGAAAUUUCAAAUGUCUUGAAACACAAGAGGUUUACUGAUGGGGCUCUAAGGCUUGAAAACCCCAAAGUUGUUAUCUUGUUUGAUGAAGAUGGAGUUCCUUAUGAUAUUAUCCUUUCAGAAAGCAAAGAAUCAAAUUUUCUUGUUGAGGAAUAUAUGCUUUUGGCCAAUAGAGUUGCUGCUGAAGUCAUAAGUAGAGCUUAUCCUGAUGCUGCAUUGUUGCGUAGGCAUCCUGAACCUAAUGUGCGGAAGCUGAGAGAGUUAAUGGCAUUUUGUCAGAAGCAUGGUUUAGAAUUGAACACGUCUUCAUCUGGUCAAUUCCACUGGUCACUAGAGCAGAUCCGGGAAAAGCUCAAGAGUGAUCCUGUGCUUUACUAUAUACUUAUUUCUUAUGCUACAAAGCCAAUGCAGUUGGCCUCUUACUUCUGCAGUGGAGAUUUAAAGGACAGUGAAAAUGAAUGGGGUCAUUAUGCUUUGGCUGUCCCAUUUUACACUCAUUUCACAUCACCCCUGCGCCGGUAUCCAGAUAUUAUUGUUCACCGGACACUUCUUGCUACUAUUGAGGCUGAGGAUUUGUAUAUGAAGCAUCAAAAGGCUUUGCAGGUUUACAAGGAAAUGGAUGUGCAAAAAAGAUGUUUCACAGGUAUAAAUUUUGAUAAAAAUGCUGCAGAAUCCAUCAAAGGUAGGGAAGCACUAUCAGCUGCAGCUGUGAAGUAUAGAGUUCCACGUGCUGAAAUACUUGCAAACAUCGCUGCUUACUGCAAUGAGAGAAAGCUAGCUAGUAGAAACGUUAAGGAUGCCUGUGAUAAACUUUACAUAUGGUUUCUCCUGAAGAAAAAGGAGGUCUUGUUGUCAGAAGCAAGAAUUCUGGGACUCGGCCCAAGAUUCAUGUCAAUUUACAUUCAAAAGCUAGCUAUUGAGCGACGCAUAUAUUAUGAUGAUGUUGAAGGUUUGACUGCAGAAUGGCUUGAAACAACAUCCACAUUGGUUCUUAGCAUGUCUACUAAUAGGUGUACAUUUAGGAGGGGCUUGCCUAACAAGUGGAGGCGGUUUGAAGAUGUUGCGCUGCUCACAUGUCCAUAUAACCUGAAAUUUACCACGGUUAAUUCUAACCAAAGUGAUGCAAUAAAAGUGGAUGAUAGUAUAUCUGCCAUGGACAAGGAGCCCAUUUCAAUAUCAGACACGUUGGAAAGUAAAAUUGACCCUUUAGUUUUUCCGCUCACAGUGCAUGUUCUUUCAACAAUUCCAGUAGCUCUUCAUGCUAUUGGAGGUGAUGAUGGACCCCUUGAUAUUGGAGUGAGGUUGUACAUGAGCUCCUAUUUUGGGUGA